AUGGCGACUCCCAUGCACCGACUUAUUGCCCGGAGGCAGGUGCCCCAUUAUAAGUUACAAAGGUCAAGUCAACAAGCAUUUAUAAGGGAAGCAAAAAAGCAACAUGUGAGGUGUCAGAAAUGUUUAGAAUUUGGACACUGGACAUAUGAAUGCACAGGAAAAAGAAAAUACUUUCAUAGACCUUCAAGAACAGCAGAACUUAAGAAAGCUUUAAAAGAAAAAGAAAACAGAUUAUUAUUACAACAAAGCAUUGGAGAAACUAAUACAGAAAAAAAGACCAAGAAAAAAAGGUCUAAGAGUGUUACCAGUUCUAGCAGCAGUAGCAGUGGAAGUUCAGCCAUUGAUUCUUCAUCAGAGAGUGAAGACUCCUCUACCUCUUCUUCCUCUGAUGAUAGUGAUACUGAGAAAAGUUCUUCUACUUCAUCAUCAUCACCUUCCUCAACUAGUUCUUCCUCUUCUUCUGAUUCGGAGUCAGAUUCCAGCUCUUCCUCUAGCACCAGUUCUAGCACCGAUGGCAGCUCUGAUGAUGAGCCACCAAAGAAGAAGAACAAGAAAUAG